UUCUGAGACAAUCUGACAAAAAACACAGCAAUUUUAGCCGUCUGCAUCGCUCAAAACGGAGGAUCUGCCUUCUCUGACCAAUACAAACGACUUAACCCCACAAUUUAAGACAACUCAUUUACGCCUUGAAGCUUUCUUUGACGCGAGGGAGAGAUGUCUGUCGCGGGUUUGAAGAAGCAGUUUCAUAAAGCCACCCAGAAAGUCAGCGAGAAGGUCGGAGGUGCGGAAGGAACAAAACUCGAUGAUGACUUCAAAGAAAUGGAAAAGAAAGUGGACAUCACCAGCAGAGCAGUGUUGGACAUCAUGACCAAAACUACAGAGUACUUACAACCCAAUCCAGCCUCCAGAGCCAAGCUGAGCAUGAUCAACACCAUGUCAAAGAUCCGUGGGCAGGAGAAGGGCCCUGGAUACCCACAGGCUGAGAGCGUUCUGGGGGACGCCAUGCUCAAGUUCGGCCGCGAGCUCGGAGAGGAGUCAUGCUUCGGCCUGGCCCUCCUGGAUGCGGGCGAGUCCAUGAAGGAGCUGGGGGAGGUGAAAGACGCUCUGGAUAUGGAGGUCAAACAGAACUUUAUCGACCCACUGCAAAACCUGCACGACAAAGACCUCAAAGAGAUACAGCACCACUUGAAGAAGAUGGAGGGGCGGCGUCUGGACUUCGACUAUAAGAAAAAGCGUCAGGGGAAAGUCCAGGACGAGGAGAUCAAACAGGCUCUGGAGAAGUUUGACGAGAGCAAAGAAAUCGCAGAGCAGAGCAUGUUCAACCUGCUGGAGAGCGACAUUGAGCAGGUGAGCCAGCUGGCAGCUCUGGUCCAGGCUCAGUUGGAGUACCACAGUCGCGCCUCAGAAAUCCUCCAACAGCUCUCCAGCAAAAUGGAGGACAGGAUAAAGGAAGUGUCCAGUAAACCGAGGAAAGAGUACACACCCAAACCCCGCAUGACCCUGGAGCUGCUACCCGUGAGCGAGAGCCACAACGGGGGCAUCCACUCAGCCAAGUCCCCGGGAAGAUCACCAGCCCCUAUGGACCAGCCGUGUUGCCGAGCGCUGUACGACUUCGAGCCGGAGAAUGAAGGCGAGCUGGGCUUUAAGGAAGGCGACAUCAUCACCUUGACCAACCAAAUCGAUGAGAACUGGUACGAGGGAAUGAUCCACGGCCAAUCGGGCUUCUUCCCAAUCAACUACGUGGAUAUCCUGGUUCCCCUGCCUCACUAA